GUAAUGUAGGAGCAAUCAGCAAUAGGCUUGGAUAACUCUGCUAUCCCUCCCACUCCAACAGUCGUACUUAUCAAAGCAAAACCACGCCCUUUCCCUUUCCCUUUCCCUCUCCCUGUCUUACUAUAUCUCUCAUUCACACUGUCUCUCCCAUUUUCUUGCUUGCCAAACAGAAGACAAGAAAAAAGCAAUAAAGCAUGCAUUCCACUUUAUCUUUCUCUCAAGCUACCACUGUUCCUACAACUAAUUACGCCUUCCAUUCUCAAUCUCCCAUCAAUCUCCGCUUCUGUGGGCUCAGAAGGGAAGCUUUCGGGAUUUCUAUUUUGACUCGGUCGAGUUCUGGUCGAGUUCGACUCUCGACUCGUGGACGUUCCAAGAGAACCUCUGCUUCAACUGGAAACAAUGGAACUCCUCCAAAAUCGUUUGAUUAUGAUUUGAUUAUCAUCGGCGCCGGCGUCGGUGGCCAUGGAGCUGCAUUGCAUGCUGUCGAGAAGGGUUUGAAAACUGCUAUUAUUGAAGGCGAUGUAGUGGGAGGAACGUGUGUUAACCGAGGUUGUGUUCCUUCGAAAGCUCUCUUGGCUGUUAGUGGUAGGAUGCGUGAACUUCAGAGUGAGCAUCACAUGAAAGCUUUGGGCUUGCAGGUUUCUGCUGCUGGAUAUGACAGACAGGGAGUUGCUGACCAUGCAAAUAAUCUUGCUUCAAAAAUUCGAAGCAAUUUGACUAACUCAAUGAAGGCGCUUGGGGUAGACAUUUUAACUGGUUUUGGUACUAUUGUGGGUCCCCAAAAAGUGAAAUAUGGGAAGGUUGGUUUCACUGACAACGUAGUAACUGCGAAAGAUAUCAUCAUUGCUACUGGUUCCGUCCCUUUUGUUCCCAAGGGCAUUGAAGUUGAUGGGAAGACUGUUAUUACUAGUGACCAUGCCCUGAAAUUGGAGUUUGUUCCUGAUUGGAUUGCGAUCGUAGGAAGUGGUUAUAUUGGUCUUGAAUUUAGUGAUGUAUACACUGCACUUGGCAGUGAGGUUACUUUUAUUGAAGCUCUAGAUCAACUUAUGCCCGGGUUUGAUCCUGAGAUUAGUAAGUUGGCCCAAAGGGUGCUGAUCAACCCAAGGAAAAUUGACUACCAUACCGGAGUGUUUGCAACCAAGAUCACUCCUGCAAGGGAUGGAAAGCCUGUUAUUGUUGAGCUUACUGACGCCAAGACCAAGGAACACAAAGACACCUUGGAGGUAGAUGCAGCCUUGAUUGCUACUGGAAGGGCUCCAUUCACUUAUGGUCUCGGCUUGGAGAAUAUUAACGUAGUGACACAAAGGGGUUUCGUUCCUGUUGAUGAGAGAAUGCGAGUAAUUGAUGCAAAUGGCAAUCUGGUUCCUCACCUGUACUGCAUUGGUGAUGCAAAUGGUAAAAUGAUGCUUGCUCAUGCAGCAAGUGCACAAGGAAUUUCGGUCGUCGAACAAGUCACUGGAAGAGAUCACGUGCUUAAUCACCUCAGUGUCCCAGCAGCUUGCUUCACUCACCCUGAAAUAAGUAUGGUUGGUUUGACAGAGCCUCAAGCAAGAGAGAAAGCUGAGAAGGAAGGGUUUGAAAUAAGCGUUGCCAAAACAAGUUUCAAGGCUAAUACAAAGGCACUGGCAGAAAACGAAGGCGAGGGACUUGCAAAGUUGAUUUACAGACCUGACAAUGGAGAGAUUCUUGGAGUUCAUAUUUUUGGCUUGCAUGCAGCGGACCUUAUCCAUGAGGCAUCAAAUGCCGUAGCUUUAGGAACACGAAUCCAGGACAUCAGGUUCGCAGUUCACGCACAUCCAACAUUGUCGGAAGUUCUUGAUGAACUAUUCAAAUCAGCAAAGGUUAACGCCCCUGAAUCAACUAGUAGCCCAAUAAGUGAACCAGUUGCCGCGUAGAGAGAGAGGCUUUGGAGGCGUUAAAAGUAGGAUAAGGAACAUCCUUGUUGUCCUUUUGGAACUAGAUAAUCACAUUGGCAUUAUAAAAAUAUUGUAUAAAGGAUAAGAAAGUCUGUUGGAGAACAAUGGAUCUAUUUCUGUCUUAAAACAUUUAAGUAGGAACUGUCAUUGGCCGUUAUGGUUAA